UUCCGGUGAGAAUUGCAACUAGACUUGCAGCAACAGCUUAUCGAGCGACAAGUGAAUGCCCAACGUGAACGUGAAUGCGUCGCUGCUCGCGGCUGGUCACAAGUGUUUGCCCGGUAUCCGUACUGAGGUUGUGCCAAGCCCGGUCCGAGCUUCCAGCUGGCAAGCUCCGCAACAACGAACUUUUAGAGCAGCACACGAGUCGCGAGACACAACGCCAACAGUCGUCUCCUGUCGUUUCUUUCACCUCACUUUGACUGUAACCAGGUCUUCGCCUCCGUGACAGGCGUCGCUCAGCGAAGAAGGCGGCUAACCGCAGCACCUUACCCGUGUACCAACAGGCUUUGAGCCACCCCCAUUAACCAAGCCAACAGUUACACCCACUUCUCCGCCGGGAACAGCACUCCCGUGAUGACCGCCGCCGAGACCGCGAUGGCGACGCGGUUAUCGUCCGCCGCCUGGACAGUAAGCGU